CAGCUAUGUAACAUUUUUCGAUCCCAUGAAAUGGAAAUUGACCAGUGCUUGCUGGAGUCCCUGCCCCUGGGCCAAAGGCAGCGGCUGGUAAAACGCAUGCGCUGUGAACAAGUCAAAGCCUACUAUGAAAGAGAGAAGGCUUUGCAGAAGCAGGAGGGGCUCCUGAAAAAACUGAAGCGUGGGAGGAAUCAGAAAGUUCAUUUUAACCUUGCUGACAUGAUACAGGAUGCAAUUAUCCACCAUGAUGACAAAGAAGCGCUGCGGCUCCUGAAGGAGGGGGCCGACCCGCACAUGCCCAUGUCUUCAGGAGGGACCCUGCUCCAUCUGUGUGCCCGGUAUGAUAAUGUCUUCAUUGCAGAGAUCCUGAUUGACAGAGGGGCCAAUGUCAACCACCAGGACGAAGAUUUUUGGACACCAAUGCACAUUGCUUGUGCAUGUGAUAACCCUGAUGUUGUCCUACUGCUUGUAUUAGCUGGAGCUAAUGUCCUUCUCCAGGACGUCAAUGGAAAUAUCCCACUGGACUAUGCCACGGAAGGGACAGAAUCGAGCUCCAUCCUGUUGACCUACCUGGAUGAAAAUGGAGUGGAUCUGACAUCACUGCGGCAGAUGAAGCUUCAGAGACCAAUGAGUAUGCUAACAGACGUCAAACACUUCUUGUCAUGUGGAGGAAAUGUUAAUGAGAAAAAUAAUGAUGGCGUAACACUGUUGCAUAUGGCAUGUGCAAGUGGCUACAAGGAAGUGGUAUGUCUUCUCCUGGAACAUGGCGGGGAUCUCAAUGUAGCAGAUAAUCAGUACUGGACCCCACUCCACUUGGCAGCAAAGUACGGCCAGGCAAACCUGGUGAAACUUCUUUUGAUGCAUCAGGCAAAUCCACACCUGUUGAACUGCAACGAGGAGAAGGCUUCAGAUGUUGCCGCGUCUGAGUUUAUUGAGGAAAUGCUGCUGAAAGCCGAGUCUGCCUGGGAAGGAAGAAUGCAAGAGUCUUCCUGUGUUCAGACCUUGGCCCAAGAGGAACCCUAUGAAGAGAUCAUCCCUGACCUUCCAGCCCUUCCCAGCAAGCUCAGCCCCCUGGCAUUGCCAAUUGCCAAGCAAGACAGUAUGCUGGAAAAAGACAUUAUGUUCAAAGAUGCAACAAAAGGUCUGUGCAAGGGACAAUCUCAGGACAGUACUCCCGAAAAUACCACCGUGAAUGGCCCCACCAAACCUGAUCAGGUCAAGCUGAUACCUCCCGCUCCAAACGAUGACCUGGCAACGCUCAGCCAGCUUACCGACAGCAGCCUGCUUUACGAAAUUCAGAAGCGCUUUGGGAACAAUCAGAUCUAUACUUUUAUUGGGGACAUCCUCCUGCUUGUUAAUCCAUUCAAGGAGAUUCCAAUUUAUUCCACCAUGGUCUCCCAGCUGUACCUGGGCAGUGCGGGGCAGCCCUGCCCCUCUCUGCCACCUCACAUUUUCUCCUGUGCGGAGAGAGCCUUCCACCAGCUUUUCCAGGAGCAGAGACCUCAGUGCUUCAUUCUCAGUGGAGAAAGAGGAUCUGGGAAGUCUGAAGCCAGCAAACAAAUAAUGAGACACCUCGCCUGUAGGUCUGGUUCCAGCAGGCCUAUAUUCGAUUCCAAAUUUAAACAUGUCAUGAGCAUCUUAGAAGCCUUUGGACAUGCCAAGACCACUCUUAAUGACCUGUCCAGCUGCUUCAUAAAGUAUUUUGAACUACAAUUCUGUGAGAGGAAAAAACACUUAACUGGAGCCAGAAUUUAUACAUAUAUGCUAGAGAAAUCCAGACUUGUUUCACAACCUCUCGGCCAGAGCAAUUUUCUCAUCUUCUCCUUGUUGAUGGAUGGGUUAUCUGCUGAAGAGAAGUAUGGACUCCACCUUAACAAUUUAUAUGCCCAUCGGUAUUUGAGCAAGACCCUUCGAGAAGAAGUAUCAACAGCAGAGCAUUCUCUGAACAGGGAGAAAUUCGCUGUUUGGAAACAAGCCCUGAAUGUAAUUGGCUUCAGUAACUUGGAGGUGGAGAACGUGUGUGUGAUUCUAGCGGCCACGUUACACCUUGGAGACAUCCGGUUCACUGCUCUGACCGAGGCCGACUCCGCCUUUGUGUCUGACCUCCAGCUUCUGGAACAAGUGGCUGGAAUGUUGCAAGUAUCAACGGAUGAACUGGCAUCUGCUUUAACAACUGAUAUCCAAUAUUUUAAGGGAGAGAUGAUCACACGGCGACACACCGUGGAGAUGGCUGAAUUUUACCGGGACCUCCUGGCCAAGUCCCUGUACAGUCGUCUGUUCAGCUUUUUGGUGAAUACGGUGAACUGUUACCUUCACAGUCAAGAGGAGCCCAGCAGCUCGCAGACAUGGGAUAUUGGAAUAUUGGACAUCUUUGGUUUUGAAGAAUUUCAAAAGAAUGAAUUUGAACAACUCUGUGUCAACAUGACCAAUGAGAAGAUGCACCACUAUAUCAAUGAAGUGCUUUUCCUACAGGAGCAAACAGAAUGUGUACAAGAGGGAGUCACCAUGGAAACGGCCUAUUCUCUUGGUAACCAGACUGGAGUUUUGGAUUUUUUUUUCCAGAAGCCUUCUGGGUUUCUCUCUUUAUUGGAUGAAGAAAGUCAAAUGAUUUGGUCAAUGGAACCAAGUCUUCCCAAAAAGCUACACAGUCUUCUAGAAUCCUCAAACACAAAUGCAGUUUACUCCCCCAUGAAGGAUGGGAACGGGAACCUCGCCCUCAAAGACCAAGGCACAGCUUUCACCGUUAUGCACUACGCAGGACGGGUAAUGUAUGAAAUUGUUGGAGCAAUUGAAAAAAAUAAAGACUCCCUUUCACAGAAUCUUCUAUUUGUAAUGAAAACUAGUGAAAAUGUCAUGAUCAAUCAUCUGUUCCAGUCGAAACUGUCACCAACAGGAGCCCUCGUACCUUCCUCUCCUUCUUUUAAAUUCAGAGGACAUAAAUCUGCCUGGCUCAGUAAGAAAAUGACAGCUUCUUCAAUGAUUGGAGAAAACAGGAAUUAUCCAGAACUUAGUAAGUUAUUAAAAAAGAAAGGAAAUUCUACAUUUCUUCAAAGACUAGAACGGGGAGGCCCGGCCACCAUUGCAUCGCAACUCAGGAAAACUCUGACGGAUAUUACUGGAAAACUUCAGAAGUGCACUCCACACUUUAUUCAUUGCAUCAAGCCCAAUAACUCGAGGCUGCCAGAUACUUUUGAUAAUUUUUACGUGUCUGCUCAGCUGCAAUACAUUGGGGUCCUGGAGAUGGUGAAGAUCAUCAGACAUGGAUACCCUGUCCGCCUUUCCUUCUCGGAUUUCCUGUCAAGGUAUAAGCCCUUGGCCGAGACCCUCCCGGACGACAAGAGGAUGCUGCCGGCCGAGGAGAGAUGCCGGCUGGCUCUGCAGCAGUGCCCGUUACCAGGCUGGCAGAUCGGUGUUCGAAAAGUAUUUCUGAAAUACUGGCAUGCCAACCAGCUAAACGAUUUGUGCCUACAGCUGCAGAGAAAAAUUAUCACCUGCCAAAAAGUUAUCAGAGGAUUUUUAGCACGUCAGCACUUGCAUCAGAAAAGGAGCAUUAGGCAGCAAGAGGUCACAUCCAUCAACAGCUUCCUGCAGAUUACAGAGGACCUGGGGCUUAAGACCUAUGAUGCCCUGGUCGUGCAGAACGCCUCGGACAUCGCCCGUGAGAAUGACCGGCUCCGGAAUGUAAUGAACGCUACUUUCCACAAAGAGAAGUUGGAGGCCAGGAACAAGCAAGAGGAAGGAACCAAAAGAGCUGAAGACAAGGGUGGACCCAGGCGCCUCCACUGCAGCUUCGUCCCAGUGCCCAUGGCGGUAGACAGCCUGGUCCAGUCCCAGGCUGGCCCAUCCACCCCGUCUCCUUCUCUGCACUCGGUGCUCAGCCUGGAUGACAGCAGCGGCCUCCCAUCACCACGGAAACAGCCUCCGCCCAAGCCAAAGAGGGACCCCACCACGCGGCUGAGCGCCUCCUAUGAGGCUGUGAGCGCCUGCCUGUGGGCUGUCACCAAGGACUCCUCCAAUGAAGUUCUCAGCCGGCCCCGGCCGCACAGCGACGACUACAGCGCCGUGAAGAAGAUGCCGCCUCGGAAGCCCACGCGGAGCCCGCACACCAAGCUCAGCGGCUCCUCGGAGGAGAUCUCGGGCGCCAGGCCGGGGGCGGCGGGGGCCGGCGGUGCGCGGCGCAGGGCGAGCGGCCCGCAGCGCGCCCCGGGGAUCCCCGCGCCGCCCGCGCCGCCGGAGCCCGAGCCCGUGUACAUCGAGAUGCUGGGCCGCGCCGGCAGCCCCGAGCCGGCGGAGGCCGUGUACGAGGAGAUGAAGUACUGGGCGCCCCCCGAGGGCGGCGGCCUGGGGGCGGGCGUCUCGGCGUCCGCCUCGCCCCCUCCGCCGCGCGACGGCCGCAGCCCCCUCCCCUCGGAGGACGGCGACGCCGGCGGGCCCUGCCGGGACGCGUGCGACAUCCCCGCGCCCUUCCCCGACCUGCUGCCGCACCGGCCCCCCCUCCUCGUGUUCCCCCCGACGCCGGUCACCUGCUCCCCGGCGUCCGACGAGUCGCCCUUGACGCCCCUGGAGGUGAAGAGGCUGCCGGUCCUGGAGACCAGCCUCAGGUACCCCGUGCAGCCCGAGGGCGCCGGCCCCCCGUCCCCGCAGCACCCCAAAGCCCCAGAGGGCGACGGCGACCGGCCCGCGUUCGCCGGGCCGCACGGAGCCUCCCGUCCCCCCACGCCCGCCGCCGCCCCCCGGCCGCCCGCGCACUUCACCUCCGCGCCCGAGCCCGGCGCGGGGAGGCCGGCGGAGCCGCCCCGGGGCCCCCCGAGGCCCACCUCGGCCCCCGCGGGCGCGCCCUGCAGCCCCGGCCUCAGGAGCCCGCACCCCCCCGGGAAGGCGGCCCGGGCCGAGCCCCGGAAGGCCGCCCCCGGCGCCCCCUCUCCGGCCGCCUACAGCCCCCCGAACUGCAGGCCUGUGGGCAGCCCCCUGGACGAGCUGGCCAGCCUCUUCAGCUCGGGAAGGAGCGUGCUCCGGAGGUCGGCGGCGGGCCGGAGGAUCCGCGAAGCCGAAGGUUUUGAAACUAACAUGAACCUUACUAGCCGAGAUGAUCUUGGUACAUCAGAAAUUGCAUCAGAGACCCAAGAUAGAAAUGCGAAUAACCAUGGGAUUCAAUUAUCUAAUUCACUCUCCAGCACGAUCACUGCCGAAAAUGGAAAUUCCGUCGCAAACGGUUUACCUGAAGACGAUGGAUUCUCCAGGUUGUCUGGGAGUGGGACCUCCUCCCUUCAGAGACAUAGAGAGAGUCACACCACUCAGGUAAUCCAUCAGCUGAGACUGUCCGAGAAUGAGAGCGUGGCCCUUCGGGAGCUCCUGGACUGGAGGCGGAAACUCUGCGAGGAGAGAGGAGACUGGCCACAGAUCCUGCGCCACGCGGAGCCCAGGGCACCUCCGCCACCUCCGUGCAAGAAGCCCACGCUCCUGAAGAAGCCCGAGGGGGCCUCCUGCGGCAGGCCGCCCCCCAAGUUCUGGGACACUACCCUGUGAUGGGCCCCGACUGCAGACUCACUGCCUGGAGAUGCCAGGUUCACAGACAGAGGCUGCCCCUGGUACAUGCUAGGGGCUCUGUCCGCAUCUACACGAAAAGCACAGGACAGCCCAGUUAAAUACUCGAGAUUCCCUGAGUGUGCGAGUGUGCGUGUCUCUGUGUGCGUGUCUGUGUUUUCUCAUCCGUUCUGCGGGGAUGCACUCUGAUCUUCAGGCUCUGUGGUCCUAGGGCCGUGCUACCCCGAGGUAGCGAGAGAAAGGCCGGACAAAGUGUGGCUGAGCAGGGAGAGGAUGAUGGCGGAGGGGGACCCCUACACCGCAGAGUUGUUUUUAUAGGGUCCGACCACUUGCAUCUUGCCCUCCAGUCAUUUUACUCUCGUACACUCUCCAGGACCUAGGUUUUAUUUCUUUGUAGGUGUUUGCGUUUUAUUGGAAUUACAAUCCUGUUAAUGAUUUACAUGUUUGUUAUUGUAUUUUAUAAUUGUAUGCAAUGGGUGGUGCUCCCUUUCUUCAAAAUACAGACUUUAAAAAAUCAUUUCUAGAGCUUUUCUUUUCCUACAUACCUGUUUUUUUUAAUGUAGAGUACCGAAAAAUCCCGAGGCUGUGUUGCUGUUUUAGCUUCACCGUUCCGACCUCUGCAAACGUACGGCUGGAGUCCGAUGUCUUGUGUUUCAUUCACUGAUCAGGAGACGGUUCCUUCCUGUGCCCUGUGUUUCCAGGCACACGGACUGUGAGCUCUUUAUUGAAAUCUCAUCCCCUGACUUCAGUAGAGGUUACAGGAAACGAUGCAGCACCCCCUUAAAUGCAUACGGCUUCAGAGUCAUAGCUGGGGGUGUGCAGGGGGCGUAUCCAUUCAAAGGUCUACGCAGUACCAAUAAGCAUGCUGAGAUUUGCUGGUCCGAGCCGUGAUGCUGCCCCACAAGACACUUGUCCUCUCUGAGCUCCACUGCAUGUCUCACCCACUUUAUGUCCUCAACCCUCCUGUGAUGCACCCGCCUUGCUUAUCUAUGUGCUUCUGUUGGCCUCAGACCACGGUGUCUUGCUCCUUGGAACUUUGUUUUCAUACCAGCCUUGGCAAAGUUACUGUGCCAAUAAAA